CUUGUUGGAGGCAUCGUUUUGGAGUCCUCGCUCCGCCGUUGGCCGUCUCAUUUCUCCUCGGUGGAUUGCUCAUGGUGAUCUCCGUCGGCUCUAAGCGACGCUUCUUUGUUCAUCUUUUUGGUGCUUUGUAGUCGUUGGAGUGGUGGGUUGGUGCCCGGCACCCUUGUAUCUAGCCUUGGGUGUGUGGUGUGGUAGUGGGGUGUGUGUUUGUAUCGGCUCGCGGUUGUAAUCGGUGGUGCUUUAUAAUAUAAAGCGGGGGAAACCCUUUUUCGUAACGAGGAGGGGUUGGAGCAUUAAUUGGGAGAUACCUGAUCUCUAGACAUGGAGUAGUGAUAAACACAACGCCUUGGUCGUCUCCUCCGCCAGCUUCCAACAGCUAUCGGUCUGCUGCUCUGCCUGCACCGCCGUGCCGAAAGGAUAGCUGAGCUGAAGAGCUGCAUUCUUGUUUGGCAGCUGAGCGUGGCAUGUCGAAGGCGCCGCGCGGCCCCAGGAAGGCGGUGAGGAGAGGCCCGUGGUCGAGGGAGGAGGACGCUAAGCUGACGGACCACAUCGCCAAGCAUGGCCUCGGCCGCUGGAGUGAUAUCCCCAGGCUAGCAGGCAUUGAGAGGGGCGGAAAGAGCUGCAGGCUGAGGUGGUUAAACUACCUCCGGCCGGACCUCAAGCGGGCCGCGCUCUCGCAGGAAGAGGAGGAUCUCAUCAUCCAGCUCCACUCCAUCAUAGGCAACAGCUGGACUCUGAUCGCGGCGUGCUUGCCGGGGCGGACGGACAACGGGGUCAAGAACUUCUGGAACGCCUCCAUCAAGCACAAGCUCCGCCGGCGUGGCAUCGACCCGGACACCCACGAGCCGAUGGUCGACGAGGGCACGAGGAACGGCGACGCCCAGCACAUCCUGCCAUCCCACCUUGCGGCAGGUAGCAACACGUGCAGCCAUGGAGCCCUUCCGCUGCCGGACUCCAUCACUAGCUACGUGGACACGGACCCGCUAGAGCUCCAGCACGGCGUUGUACUUGUACAGCCGGUGGUGUCGAGCUCCAGCAAGGUGGGCUCUGACCCGUCCAGCACCGGCUCCGACACCGGCGAGCAGUGCCCCAACGGCGCAGACAGGGCAGCCAGUUGUUCGAUCUGACGGAGAGCAGUACUACUACUACCGAGUCGGGCACCACCACUACACCUGCUCCCGUCGCCGACUGGAAGCUGAUUGGAGCUGCUCCGCGAGUACCUUAACUGGCUCGGUUUCGUAUUGGGUCUAGUAGAGUAGUAGUAUAAGUUAUACUCCCUCCCUUCCAUGAUGUAUAGAUUUUUUAAAAAGUCAAACUAAACAAACUUUAACGGAGUUUAUAGAGAAAACUUUUUAUAUAUACAAUUCCAAACAUAUACAACAUGAAACUAAACAAACUUUAACGGAGUUUACAGACUCCUUUCUUC